AUGGAGACCAUCGCCUUGCUGGGGUGGGGGUGCCAUAUCACCAGGGGCAGGCACAGGGAGGGGUUAUCUGACUGGAUAUCUGCACCUGGGGACCUCCUGCUGCCUGUGGGUGUGACACUGAGGGUCUGUCAUGGUGUCUUGAGGGGACAGAACAGUGCUGGGCAAGGACCUUGGCUGGGGCUGUCUGUCUGUGCCAGAGGGAAGGACAUUCCCUGUGCAGGACAGGCUGAGGGGGUGUCUGGAGCUCCACAUGUCCCAUCUGGCUGGGGAAGGAGCCACCUCCCUCCCCAGCUCUGGGGUAGGACCUGUCCUGGAGAGGGCUCAGUGUGUGUCACACUGGCGUCCCACACAGGAGUGCAGCCUCACUGCUCUGCUCUCUCUACAGGCACCACCUGUGUCCUCCUGUCCUUUCCCUUUGUCUUCAGCCCCUGCCUGGCCUGCAGGGACAGCACUCCACAAUGGGCAGCCUUCAUCUACUACCUCCCCUUCAUCAUCAUCUUCCAGUUUGGCUGGGCAGCCACACAGGUGUCCCAUCUGGCUCUCAUCCCCGAGCUGGUGAGCAGUGACCAUGGCAAGGUGGAGCUCACAGCUUUCAGGUAUGCCUUCACUGUCAUGGCCAACAUCACCGUGUACGGCCUGACCUGGCUCCUGCUGAACUUCCAGACGGACCAGCCCGACCGCAUGGAGCACCUGGGCCCACAGGACAUCCCUGUGUUCCGGAACUUGGCCCUCAUCGUGGUGGGGCUGGGGGCCGUGUUCUCCCUCAUCUUCCACCUGGGCACCAAGGAGAAGCCGUACCCACCGGGGGUGCUGCCCGAGCCAGAGGAGAGCACCCCGUGCCACACUCUGAGUCUGGAGGGUCCCCUGCACUGGGGGGCACUGGGCUCUGGGGAGGGGGUGACCCCACCCCGUCUCCUUGCACUGGACUCGUAUUCCCACCCUGACCUCAUGUCCCCAUCCCGGACUCUGGUGUCCCAUGAAGGCUGUCCCCGGUGCGGUGUGACCGGUGCAGGGUCACCUGGCACCUCUCACCUGCACAAUGAACACUAGAAGGGCCUAGGCCAGGCCGGGGCGGCCCCAGAAGAGGGGAGCGCUCGGGGGAGGCCCGAGGUUUUAACCUGCUUUUGUAAGGUCAAUACGUACAAACGGCACUUUAUAAAGGAGGAGAAAAAGGAGAGAAAAA